ACACAGGAUCUCCUUUUUUAAUAUCUCUAUUAAAAAAGCUAAGUGUUUGACAUUAAGUUGUCUAUAGUAAAUAGCUGACAGGAAGCAAACUGUUCAAAGCUGGAAACAAAUAAAUAUUUGCAACCCUGCAGUGGUAAAAUUAAUAUUAAAUUCCUAAGUUGGAAAUCCACAGGUACAGUAAGGAGGGGUUUUGGAGAAAGGCAAGAUGGUAGAUUGAAGUAUGAAAACCUUAAAGUGGGUGAGAACUGUGUGGGAAAUAUGAUUCUUUGAAUGUCUCUUGAAAAGUAAGGCAAUGUCUUGUAAAGACAGCACUGGGAAAAUGACAGAUUCCAGGGUGGCCUGAGAGGUCAGGAAAAGAGAAUGCAUGAUGUGCUGUGCUCAGUUAUCUCUUCAAGAAGAAAGAAGGACUUGGAGAAAUGGGCAUGUAGAUAAAUGUGAUAAGCAGAGAAGCAGUUGAACAUGAAUAUUUGGAAAUCCUGGAAUCCUCUCAGGUGAAAUAAAAAAACGUCAUCAUUAGCUACCAGGAAGCAAAAAUGGCAUAACCUCAACCAGCAGAGGUAGAUAAACAGUCAAUGACCACCUGAACUGCAAGAAAAAUUUGGGGUGAAGCACACACAAAAAAUGGAAGUUGCAAAGACCUUUUUAAGAAAAUGGUUAGAAAAUGAAAAAAUAUUACUCUUUCAAAGAGGGAGAAGCAAAUCAAUGUUUCAGAACUGGAAAGGCAAUAUGAAGAAAUAGAUAAUUUUAAUUAUUUCUGAAAUGUUGAGGCAAGAUGAAAACAUUAAGAGCACGAUAUUAGAUAGAAGAUAACUUUCUCGUCCCUCACAUUUUCUUGAAAAUCAUAUUUGUGUAGAAAGUCACAGAGCAACAAGUCUACUUCCAUGGACACACUGAACUGGAACAUGAAUUUGCUGGUUACAAUAAUACAUCACAUGAAGUGGAAAUUAUGAUUGACAAAAAUAACAUAAGGCAAUGAACGACUAAGGAAGGACAGGGAAAGCUGUUGAAGGUGCAGGAAUCAGCCUCAGAAGCAGCCUGUUUUCUCAGAUAAUUAUCAGGCUUUGAAGAGAAGUACUCUGCACAAAGAAUCACUGGAUAAGAGCAUUUACCUGCAGAAGGAGCUGAGGCACUCCACAAGAUUAAUUCAGUCACAUGAAGCAAACUGUGGCUGAUGUCAGGGUCAGAAUAACCCUGGUAAGAAGCACAAUUUACCUUGGAAACAAGGAUCAUGCAAAAGUCUGGAACCUCGAUCCCCAAAAGAAUGUGUUGCUCACAAUAUAUUGUUCAAAAGGAACAAGCAUUUAGAGAAUGUGUUUCCAAAUAGAAAAUUUUCGUGUUUUAGUUAAGGCUUUUAGCAGUGUGAUGACAGAAUGUGGAAAAAUAAGGUCUUCACUGGAAGAGAGAGUUCUGGCAUCACUCAAAAAGCAAAGGACCACAACAGGAGGUAAAUAGGGCUUGAGAUAAUCAGACCUGCUGCCAAUGAAGGAGCAAGGAUUCACUUGGCAAAGAAAUGCUUCUCAUGGACACAGAUUUGCUCAUCACUAUUUUGAAUAUGGAACUACAAGCACAAACAUGGGAUGGUCAGAGCAUGCUGCACGGACAGGAACGGGUCUUCUUACAAAGCAGAGAAGGAGUUAGAAGAUGCAGGCACACCUGAUGAAAAAGUAAACAGUGCUGGAGAAGAGAAUUUGAACCUCAGAAUAAAAGAGCUGGAAAAGUCAGAGCAAAAACUGAAAGGUGUUCUAGAGGACUACGUGGAGUCAGAUUCCAUCCUAAGAAAUAGGAUGAAAGAGCUGGAGCUGUCACACAAAACACUUCUUGUGAUGAUUGAUCAACUUUAUGUGAAGCUGGACCAGGUUGAAAAUGCCAAUGUGCGCAUUAAAGGGAAACUGCGAGAUAUUCAGGAGGACCUGAUCAGCUUGGUUGAAAACCAAAAGAAGUCAGAGAAGAAGCACAAGGAGAAAUUGCAUUGGCUUCAGGAGCAGCUGAAGACAAAAGAGGAUGAAAUAAAAAGCCAGUCAGAAUAUUUUGAGCACUACAAACAAAGGCAGAGACAACAGACAGCAGUACUGAGGAAAAGGGACUAUUACCUUCAGGGUGAGGUAUCUAGGCUGGAAAAGCAAGUCCUAGAUCUUAAUGCCCAUAUUGCUCUUUUGACAUCCAAGUUAGAAGAGGGAGUGGUGCAGCAUCUCCAGCAGAAGCUGCAGUCAGUGUGCAGUGGGACUCAGGGCUGUAAAUAUUCUGGCAUGGAAGAAAUGGAAUGGAAGACUUGUAUUGAAAAUGUGGAACAUGAUGUGAAAAGCCACCUCAAGGCAUUUCAGCAAAACCUGAAGCUCUUGAGGGAAAAAGAAGAGGACACUAGAAGAGAACAGGCAGACCUGCUGACUGAACUACAGUGCUCUCAGAACACUGAAGACUUUCUCAGAACAAAAUUGGAAGAAUCUCACCAUCGUGUCUAUAGUUUAAAGUUAUCUGAAAUCAAACUACAGGAAAAAGUGGAAGAGCUUUUAGAUGAAAACAGAACUUUAAAAGAUCAAGGUACUGUGAAAUUGAAAAAGAAGAAAGAAAAAGACUCAGAACUUACAAGAUUUGUUGAUGGGGACAAUAGUCUUAACCUGAAUGGAGAUCCAGUUCAGGAUGAAGUUCAGAAUCUGAAAUGGAGAGCAGUCUUGGAUUCACUCAGAAGCAGAGCUACUCAAACUCCAGUUGUGCUGCUACAUGAUAAAGAGUCUGAAACAUCAACCUGUAGUUGUGAUGGACUAAAGCAGAUGGAGGAGCUACCAGAAGAACUUGUGCCAGUUUUGGAAUGCAGUUCUAGGGCUGUUGCAAAAGUUGCUGGUCUAGCUGAGACUGAGCAGGUCACCCUUGGACCACAGAGGGCAAAUACUCUAGAGAAUAGUUUCACCUUGCUUGCGUGUAUCCCAAGUCAUGCAGCAGGACUGCUUCCCCCUUAUCCUCAGAAGUUACCCAGUGAUGAGACAAGUAAGGAGACCAAAGAUGAAGAAACCUUUUCUCUCUUGAAGGAACAUGCUAUAACUCUACCAGUGAAGACAUUCCCUGCUUCUGUGGUUGAAAUCUUAAUGAGAAAGAACCUCCAACUGAUCUUGUUUGAACCUGGAAGAUGCCACAUAACAGAUUUCACCACUGAGAAGAAAGUGAAGAGUUUGAGUUUCUGUGAGACAAAUACUGAUCUUUGGUCUGAUGGUCUAUGCAUUGUUGCAAAAGGGGGAUUUUAUGACAGAGCUACUGAACUUCUUCAUGGAAAGUUGCCUUCUACUGUGGCUGAAAUUUUCACAUCUCUGGAAGAAUGCAACAUGGAAAAACAUUGGGCAAACAAGCAAAUUCUGCCAGAAAGUGAGGAAAAAUGUGUACUGAAAAGAGAGAUAGACAGAAUGAAUCAAGAAACUUCAGAACAGCUUGAUAAACUUCAGAAAGCAAAUGCAAACUUUGUUUUAGAAAAAAAAAUUAAAGAAUUAAAGUCUUCUUUGGGUUUCAUCUAUGAAGAGCUGAGAAACAAGGAAAGUAUAGGAACAGAGAAAAAUACAGUAAAACUAGAAGAAGAAAGUCAGCAACCUGAUCUUAAACCAAAGAAAGAUGAAACAGCAUGUUGUGCAAUACAAACUGAAGAACAGGGAGUUCUGGCAAUAGAUCCUUCAGAUUAUUCCCCUGUGAAAAAGGACAGCAUGUGUGAAAGCUACAAUAGGAUGAAAGAGCAAGUCAGAAAGGCAGAAGAGGAACUUAAAAUACAGCAGAAGGAAUUAGAAAAAUCAAAAAAAGAGGCUCAGAAGUGGUACAGAGAACUUGGUUUUGCUGAAACAAGGUAUGAAGAAACCAAAACUCAUUUGAUGCAGGCUCUCUCAGAAUUAGACCGCCUUAAGCAAGAAGUUCAGGACAAAACGCAGGAAAAACAGCACUGCAAAUUAAUGCCUGUGUACACACUGGAGGAUGGCCAGGAAAAAGAGGUGUAUAAAAAAGCCUGUAAGAGGUUAGAGCUGAAAACGUUGGCCCUGAAAGCCGAGCUCAGGGACAAGGCUGCAUUACAAGACUUGCAGAUUGAAGUGAAAGUCCUUCAGGCUCGUCUUUAUGAAAAGGAGAAAGAACUGCAGCAGACAAAGUCUGAAAUGAAGUUGACAUUAGCUCCUCUGAAGGCUAAGCUGGCUUGCCUCACCCAAAAGUGCCAGGAAAGGAACAGCUUCAUUAGGAGAAUGCAUGAUGAAUUCCACAAGCAAGGAUUUAUUAACUCUGCAUUUGAUGAAGAGAUGAAGAACUUGGUGAAUGACACGACCCUGGCAGAGUACACGGUUGCUUUUACACCAAUGUGUGAUCAAGAGAUGCUGCCUUCCUCCACAGAUGUUUCACAGGCUAAUGGACAGCCAGAGGAUCAUGUGGAACGUGGAUCAAUAUCUGCAAACUCUCAGCCAGGGAUGGGUGGCCCCCACAGUUCUCCCAUCACCCCAAAUGUGUGUGCUGGUUCUUCUCUCAGAGUAACAAGCCCAGAGAGGAUCUUAGCCUCGCAACAAGAGCUAGGAGAAAACCAUUGCAAAAGUUGCCAGAUACCUUCAAUUGUCCCCUCCAGCUCAAGCCCUGGGGCUGGUCCCCACCUGCCCAUGAUCCACGAGGAAGCCCCUUGGCCUGUGCUGUCAGGGAUGAAGGAUGCUGCAGUGCCCCCAGAGCGUGGUGUGGUGUCCUGGGCCACCAAGGGGAGGGAUCGGUUGUCGAAACACGUUGAUGUAUUUUGGGGUCAAAUAGGAAAUCAGCAUGCAGGUGCUAUUCCCCAGAGAAUGAAACACAAAAAUGCCAUUAUGAAUAAGGCAUGGCUCUCUAGAGAAAAAGCAGAUGGCUCAACCUCAGCUACCACAGCAGAAAGCUAUUUGCCAGACAUGUUGUCAGCAAGUAAUAAAGGUCGAUAUCCUGUGGGGAGAAAUCAGCUACAUGGGAAAGAAUAAAACCUGCAGAAAUAAAACCAGGUAAACAUUUUAGCAAUGUGAUUUUUCCCGUUGAUACAAAAGUACUGAUAAGUUUGUUUUUAAAUCACAGAUAUUUUACUAGUUAGCAUGGCCUAGCAAGUAGUUUGGGAUGACUGAAAAAUUUACAUGGAAAAGAGCUGUGAUAUUUUCUAUGAUCAAAAUUUCAUAGAACAUUUGAGAUCACUGAAACACAUGGAUUUUUCAUUAGCCAGGCCACUUCCUUGUUUUCUUUUCACCUUUUGUUGGUGAUUUGAUUUUCUUUUAAAUGAAACUGUGAAACAAUCUAUUAAAUCACUUUUGCUUUUGUGCCU